CGUCUCUCAUUCUUACAAGACACAACUCAACUGUGUCUGUAGAAUCUGAGGAAACGUGUGGCCAACGACAUUCUGUUCACCUACUGGUUUUUUCUUUGUUUCUCUCUAUAUUUAUAUAUAAAUAUUAUUCUACAUCUAACUCUUGACCCAGUUUCUCUAAAUUUUUACUGAAUUUGAUCGUCACUGUACUGCACGCACCGUGAAAUUUCUGUGGUGGGGUCCUUCGCCCCCCACCUAAACCAUUGUCUCUUGACAAUGUCAUUCAGGUUUCACCAGAACUCUUCACCUUCACCAACCACUUAAUUUGCCUAAAGCUAUAAACUUUGCAGUCGCAUUGUGCAAUUGUUUGCAAAGUUUGCAACUUUUAUGGCUUUAAAGGCCAAUCCCAUCUGGGUUUAUGCUAAAACCCCACAUUUUCAUGUGGGUGUGCCGGAUUUGGGGUCUAGGCCUCGUGUGUUUGCUUUGGAUUUCAGGGGUUUAAACAAAUGGGAAUAUUGUUGUGUUGGUGUUUCAGCUCAAACUCCUCAGAGAGCUAUCUCUCCUGUUGAGGAUGAGAAGCCUACUCAUGGUGUGGAGUCCUCUGGGGCUAUUCAGCGCUUGUCUGACAUGGAGUUAACUGGUUUUCAUAAGGAUUUGAAUCUUCUUCCUAAACCCUUGUCUGCAACUGAACUUUCUUCGCCUUCUUGUGAUGGCUCAAAAGUGCGGGUUGCCUACCAGGGUAUACCUGGUGCAUAUAGUGAGUCUGCCGCACGGAAAGCAUACCCAAAAUGUGAGACUGUCCCAUGUGAGCAGUUUGAAGCUGCAUUCAAGGCUGUUGAAUUGUGGUUAGUGGAUAAAGCAGUUCUUCCCAUCGAAAAUUCAGUUGGUGGUAGCAUCCACCGCAAUUAUGACUUGCUUCUUCGGCAUAGGUUGCACAUAGUGGGGGAAGUACAGUUGGUAAUUAACCAUUGUCUUCUCGGGUUGCCUGGUGUAAGAAAGGAGGAGCUUAUACGUGUCUUGAGCCAUCCACAGGCACUUGCUCAAUGUGAGAUGACACUAAGCAAUUUAGGUAUGGUCAGAGUAAGUACUGAUGAUACUGCUGGUGCUGCUCAGGUAAUAUAUUUAAACGGUGAAAGAGACACUGGAGCAGUUGCAAGUGCUGAAGCUGCCCAAAUCUAUGGUCUUGACAUUCUUUCUGAAAAGAUCCAGGAUGACGACGAUAAUAUUACCCGUUUUCUGAUACUAGCAAGAGAGCCUAUAAUUGCAGGAACUGACAGGCCCUAUAAGACAAGCAUUGUUUUCACUCUAGAAGAAGGUCCUGGCAUGCUGUUCAAAGCCUUGGCAGUGUUCGCCUUGAGGGACAUUAAUUUGACUAAGAUAGAGAGCCGCCCACAGAGAAAGCGUCCACUAAGGAUUGUUGAUGAUUCUAAUAAAGGGAGUGCAAAGUAUUUUGACUACCUUUUCUACAUUGACUUCGAAGCAUCUAUGGCUGAAGAGCGAGCCCAACUUGCAUUGGGACAUUUGCAGGAAUUUGCUCGAUUUAUUCGUGUUCUUGGUUGCUAUCCAAUGGAUACAAUUUUAUAGAUGAUUCUAUGAAAACCGUUCCUGACAUCGGUUUUUUCCCAUCUUGAUUUUGGUGUGUGAAGAUAAAUAAUUUAACGUCCAUUGGUGUAUACACACUUCUGACCCAGCUGAAGCCAGAGGUAGGAAACAGGGAAGAGGUUUUCUGUAAGAUAUAGUAAAAAGGUGGAAAUUUUUCUUCAAGGGUUCAUCGUUUUGUAUAUUUUUUUACUUCUUAAUCAAUUCUUUUCUUCCUCCCAAUGGAGGUUGUGUUGGAUAGUUAUAUUAUAUUGGUGAAACAAACCUUGUGAUAAGGGGGGUACAUUGUGGGGUCUAAUUCGUAUACUUUACUGCAAUUAUCAAGAAUCUUGUGAAUCUUAUCACUUUUGGUGGUCCACAGACAACCAAAUAAAACGAGUGAAGAAGAUGAAGAGAUUUGGAUCCUGAAAAAGGUGAGGUCAGGUGAAGUAACCAUCAAAGGUUUGACAAUUUCUGUGGUGCAUAUAAAUGUUGUUGUACUAUUGAAGUUAUACCUGCUACAGGUGAGUGAAUAAUCACUGUCCUCACAGCCUGUAAUAUGAAUACUUUUAAAAACUUACCAACUGGAACUUGGUUCUUUUUUUCUUUUGUUUGUUAUUAGUAAAAUUUUACCAACUUGGAUCUCC